AGAACGAGACUUUAGUAUUAGUUAGUGGUCGAGCUAGGGAAACGUUGUGUCCGGUCCAGUCUUCAGGGUUGCGAAGCGUUCGCGUAAAGUGUCGAACAAGUUGAUUUUGUGCUUGUUUAGUGCCGAUAUUGUGGCAGUUGUCUGAAAAUGGAUGUGCGAUCGUUCAUCGGAACUUAUCAAUUUCAAGGGCAAGGCCGUAUGAACCAACUGGGUGGCGUGUUCAUAAACGGACGUCCUCUGCCCAACCACGUCCGAUUGCAAAUCGUUGAAUUGGCAGCAUCCGGAGUACGACCAUGCGUGAUUUCCAGAGAACUGCGAGUUUCGCAUGGAUGCGUUUCGAAGAUCUUGAAUAGGUAUCAGGAAACCGGCAGUAUCCGGCCAGGAGUUAUCGGCGGCUCGAAACCCAAAGUGGCCAGCAAAGAAAUUGAGAAUCGCAUCGAGGAGAUGAUUAAGGCGCAACCGGAUAUUUUCUCUUGGCAGAUCAGGGAGGCACUAUUGAAGGAAGGUGUCACUGAUCCUCCAAGUACAGCGGCAAUCAAUAAAAUAGUGCGAGGUGGCAACAAAAGCGAUCAAGACCCAGAAGGGAAGAAAAACCACACAAUCGAUGGCAUUCUUAAAAAUCGAGGGUGCGAUAGCGACACCGAAUCGGAGCCAGGAAUCCAACUCAAGAGGAAACAUCGCCGAGCCAGAACAACGUUUACUGGAGAGCAAUUGGAAAUUCUGGAACAGGCUUUUUCCGAGGCGCAAUAUCCAGAUGUGUACAAACGGGAACUUCUCGCACAACAAACCAACUUAACCGAAGCGAAAAUUCAGGUCUGGUUCUCCAAUAGACGGGCUCGGCUGAGAAAAACCACAGCAGGAGCAGCCAGCAGUAGCAACGCUUUGGGAUUUGCUGGUUUACCUCUACCUAACAUGGCAAACCAGUAUCCACUAGAUGCUCAGUACGACUGGCGACUUCCCAACACUCAAUUUUCCAACUACAACAUGUUCCAGCAGCCGAGUACCAGCUCCUACAACCCGAACGACUAUUCCCGGAUGGAUUACUCAGCCAACUUUGUAGCUGCAAAUUAUGCGCUGCACCAGGCUCAGAUGUCGCAAGCUCAUGUGAGCAAUCUGAGCAAAUUGAAGGAGGCGCCCAAUGAGAAUGCCCUAAAAGCUGUCGCAUCUACGAGCGCGGUUCAACCAAAUAUCGCAGGAGGAAGCCACCAGUGGACCAAACACGAAGAAUGGAGCAACAAUGCCUGCGGGAUUUCGUACCCAAAUGAUCCAGCUUUCGUGCAGAACCAAUAUUUACCCACGACUAGCAAAAGUUACUGGAGCUAAAUUUGUUCAAGCUGAAGGUUUUUUGAAUAGGAAAAUAGUUGUUACUCUAGGUCUAAAAAUUUGCAAGCUAAUUUGAAUUUCCCUGGAAAAAUUGCCUGACAAUCUGGAUCAGUUAUCAAAUAUGGGGAGAGUUUGAAACUGUCGGCUCGGAAUCCAUUCCAGUUUAUUAAGCGUCAAAAUUCCCACUAUUGGUUUUAUAAUAAGUGGGCGAUGUUUAGCUGACGCUCCUGAUGCCAACUGAUUUGCAAUAAAUCUCUGGAUCGGUAUGAGAAUUAUAUGGCUUGCUAGUUAGGUUUUUCCAAUUCCAUUUAUUGGACAUUUUUACACAAUACUCUAUUUUAAGAAUUACAUUCACCUACAUUAAAGCAACACGAAAAAGUCCAUUUGUUUCUCAGUUUAUUGUCAAUAAAUAUACAUGUAUGUUUAUACAGAUAGUUAAACGCACACGCAAUGAGUAUAUUUGUUUUCAAGUUAUUGUCACAUUUCUAUGCAGCGCUAAGUAACACAUUUAUUGUCGAUUUGCUUACAUUGUAGGUCAAAUAUUGAAACGUUUUAACAUUUAAAUUGGUAUUGUCUUUACAGCUAGUUUUAUCCCUAUGCGAAAGUAGCCAAACCAUCCAGCUCUGAACGUCAAUUAAAAGUGUCUUACCUUAUAAAUGUAAGUAGUAGAAUAAAAGAAAUGUGGAUAAAAUGAGCAGAUAAUCGAUUAAAUUCUAUAAAAGUUGAAAAAUCAUCAUGAAAGCUCAACAACACCACUUAUUCUAAGAAUAGAUUUUAUUCCUUCAAGACUGCCCGUAAGCAAUAGUGCAAUCUGACUGCUAUACUUUGUCAUAUCAACUGGCCCUAACACUACAUUGGGUUUAUGUUAGGAUGUCAUAUGUAUCCGAAGAUAUUCUUGAUUGUAAUAUUAUAUGUAAUUUUUUAAAAUGAUAUGGGAUGAAGAUAUGAAUAAGAAUUUCAAGAUUUAUGCCACCUCUAACAUGCUUUGCUUGCUUAGUGGAUUUAAGAUUGUCGUCAAUCAAGCGUGCAAUAAAACAAAAUGAUACUGAAAGGAAACAAAGCCUGUUAGAGCAAAAUGUACUAAAUAUUACUAAAAAACCAGCUACGCUAGGGGGAGAUUCUUAGAUAUAUAGAUAUUUUAUUGUCAAAAAGUGAUAGCACUUUUUUAACUUUGUAAUAUAGCAUAUAUUUAACAACAUUUUUAUAAAAGACAAUGCGAAUGCGGAUGAGAGUGUUUAAGACUUUUAGAUGUAAUUUUCCUUGCUGUAUAAAACCUGUCUAAAGUUUUUUGUUCUGACAACUCUUGUGAAAAUAUGUGUAACUAACUAUUAACCAAAAUGUACCAAAUGGCAAUAUAUUCAAUAAACCAGCCCAAAAAAGGGAAAAUUAAA